UCAGUCAAUGUCACAAUUCUUUUUAGCCUUUUUUGUGUAUUUAGGUAGGGUUAUGACUCAUGCACCAAGUCUGCUCUCUACUGGGCUUCAAACAGUGGCAUCACAUAUAGUUUGUUUGACUGUAAUAUGUAUGUCUAAGAUCUAUUUUCACCAAAGUUAGAACAAAUAUAACCCAUUUUACCUGCUCUGCUUGAGUGAUGUGUUUGAGUAAUACUCACUUUAUUAACUUGGUCUCUUUUCAAGUCAUCACUAUUCAGGCAAAUAUGCACACUCUCCUUCCUUUCAUCCUCUCCUCUUCCCUCCUCAGUCUCUAGCACCUUUCCACUAGACUGACCUCUACAUCCCCACUUUCCCCUUAUCUGUGUGAAGUCAUGCAGACUGAAUAACUGAAAUUUCAGGUAGCUCAGAGAAAAUCGCACAGAUCUGGCUUGCUGUAUGACCUCUCAGACUUUCUGCUCUCUUCUUUCUUCAUCUCAGCUGUUGAAUCGACUUUCUACCACAACUAAAAUCAUCUUCUUCUAACCCACAGAAACUGUUCUCUGCUGUCUCUGCCCAAACUUGUUUGUUCCAGAAGGGCUACCAGCUGCCGUAAUGACUCUCUCCACUCCUUCAGACCAUCACUGCUGCUCUGCUGCGGCAUUCCCUACCAAAAUCAACUUUUCCAAGACAGGAGGCUGUGUGCCAUCUGCACUCAAGUCAGAGCUCUCAACCAGUCCACUUCCUGGAUCUUUUUAGAUGCUGAGCGGACACCUGGAAUCACAAACUGAGCAAAAAAGAAAAGAGGCAGAGAAAAGGGAUGAAGCAUGGUGACAAACCAUGUGUGACAGAUCAUCUCUUGCCUUUCUGUCUCUCCCGCCCUCCUCUCCUCUCCAGACAGGGUUGGGCCAAACAGCAGGUGGUGCAGAAGAGAAGCCCUGACAUGAGAUUAACAAAUCUCUGGCUCUCUGACUUCUGCACUGGACAAGCAUGGAGGAGCAUCAAAUCCCUAAUUUUAAAAACUCAGGUGUCACAGCAAUAGCGUCUCUGGCCAAGGCUCGCUGAAUAAAGAUGCACAUGGACUAAAGCAGCACUCAAAUCAGAUGACACAAAAGAGGAGAAAGAAGUCUGCCCUCUAAUCUCAGGACCACAGUUUGGACAGUCUGGAUGAUGUGAGUCAUCAGGUUGCAAAGGCCAAAGACGAUUUUAAGACAUGGAGGUGCUUCUGUUUUGUGUGUGGAAUCUAUUGGUAGAUGAACCUUGAUGUUAACAUGGGGUCAGACAAACCGUAACCAUUUUGUUCCACUCACCUGACUUCUGUCAGCAUGCCAACACAGCAUAGAUGAUUCACCCUUUAAAGAGACAUAACUGGGAACUAACAAGGUCUAAUGAUGUAGCAGCUACAGGUGACUUACAUGUGGCCCAUGAUUCCAGACAGUUCAACCACAGUCAGUAUGGAAGUGCAGACAACCUCUCUGGUCUGGAUAUAUGUUAACAGUACAGAACAACUGAACAUUUCAUAUGAGCACAACACAACGUAUUUGAUUGAAAACUCAGACAAAUACCUAUCUUACAUUAUUGGUCUCUUCUUGUCCUGCCUGUACACCAUUCUCCUCUUUCCUAUUGGAUUUAUUGGUAACAUCUUAAUCCUGGUGGUGAACCUGAACCACAGAGAGAAGAUGACCAUUCCCGACCUUUACUUUGUUAACCUGGCUGUAGCUGACCUCAUCCUGGUGGCAGAUUCCCUCAUCGAGGUCUUCAAUCUGAAUGAGAAGUAUUAUGACUACGCUGUCCUCUGCACCUUCAUGUCCCUUUUCCUGCAGGUUAACAUGUACAGCAGCAUCUUCUUUCUCACAUGGAUGAGCUUUGACCGAUACAUUGCCUUGGCUAACUCCAUGAGCAGCAGCCCGCUGAGGACUAUGCAGCACGCCAAGCUCAGCUGUGGCCUCAUCUGGAUGGCCUCCAUCCUGGCCACCCUUCUCCCCUUCACCAUUGUGCAGACCCAGCAUAGGGGUGAGGUGCACUUCUGCUUUGCCAACGUCUUUGAGAUUCAGUGGCUGGAGGUAACCAUUGGCUUUUUGGUGCCCUUCUCCAUCAUUGGUCUAUGCUACUCUCUGAUUGGGCGAAUCCUCAUGAGGGCCCAGAAGCACCGUGGAUUGUGGCCACGGCGGCAGAAGGCCCUGCGUAUGAUCGUGGUGGUGGUUAUGGUGUUCUUCAUCUGCUGGCUGCCAGAGAAUGUUUUCAUCAGCAUCCAGCUGCUGCAGGGCACAGCUGACCCAUCGCAGAGGACUGCUACCACCCUGUGGCAUGACUACCCACUCACAGGCCACAUUGUUAACCUGGCAGCUUUCUCCAACAGCUGCCUCAACCCCAUUAUCUACAGCUUUCUAGGAGAAACCUUCAGGGACAAGCUACGUCUCUUCAUUAAGCAGAAGGCCAGCUGGUCAGUAGUGAUCCGCUUCUGCCACCAUGGCCUCGAUUUACACCUCCCUGUCAGGAACGAAGUGUCAGAAGUGUGACUGUUAAGAAGAGGGACAAUUGUUAUGAAACUGAGUGCACAAAAUAUGCUAAAAAUUCUUCAUAUCAAAGUGAUAUAUCACCCAGUGUGAAAUAUUACCUCAGAUUUCUUCAUCUGUUAUUUAGCUUUGCCUCAUAGUUAGGGAUGGGUACCGAGACCCGGUAUUAAAGGGGCCCCGGGGCCAAAUUAUUAAAGACUGUAGUAUCAUAAGCUCCAACAUUACCGGUUCUUUUAUCAGUACUUUUUAACGUUUUGGUGUAAUUUAUUAUCACGCUGCAGCCUCUCACCUGCUCUGUGUGUGUGUGUGUGUAUGUCCACAUACAUACACACACACAACGAAGUCAGCGAACAGCAGAGCAGAGAGGCCGCGGUGGAGACAGUGAAGUGAACCAGGUGAAGUGAAGAUAACACGAAGAUUACUUGAGUUGACGACAACUACACUCGUGACUGUAAGUACGUGCAAUAAAACCUUCACGAGUAACAAGCCGUUUUAGAUUUGUUUCCAGUGAGAUAUUAUUGUGUUUAUUUAGUGACUUUGCUGUUGUAAAUAUUACUGUUGCUGCUCUAGAAAGAACGUUUAAUUAUAUUUAAAAUAUUCAAUUCUAAUCCAGUUCUGAAUUAAUUAUUUUUUAUUCUUUAGUAAUGAAAAAAAACGAUAAGAGUAUCGAUAAAGAACGGAACCGAUAAGGAGUUUGAAUAAGAGUAGUGGUGUUGAUAAAAUCCUAACGAUACCCAUCCCUACUGGUUGUACCAGUGUCUAAGUUAACCUGCUCACUUUCUGAACAAAACACAAAAGCACCAAGAAUGUACACUCAAAGAAGGAUGAAAAUGACUUGAUGUAUGCAUCUCUUUAAGUAGAUAAUGCACGUACAGUACUUUUCUGUUUAUCUGCACAUUGGAUGUGGAAGUGUAUUUGGUCUGUUAUUUUUUCAAAAAGGUAGCUGGAUGACAAGGCAGGCAACAGUAAAUGCAAUGCUAGUGAUGUCAGCAAAAUGUCAGCAUCUACCCUUGAAGUACAACCAGUGGGCAAAGAUAACUAAUAGAUAGACAACUGUCAGAAGAGACCAGCUUUUGUGUAAGAGACAAUAAUGAAACAUUUUACAUUGUGUGAUCUAUAAUACAAAUCUUUCAGAGCAUUUUCUGGGUAUGUGGGAUAACCUGUAGGAUAGCGACGGCUGCGUCAAAGCUAAAGCAGCAUGCACAGAGGAAAUACUGCGUCACAUCAAAUCUAAUUAGGCUAUCCGUUUCAACUGCAAGAAAAUUCAGUAAUUCAGUCAUUUCAGUUGAAACCCACAUGUACUUUCAUCUGUGUUCUGUAAAAAGAAAUGUAUUUAUCAAGAAAUUACCUCAUACCCACCAUCCACAUCAAUACCACCAUGGCAACCCAUGAAAAAAUGACUACUGUCAUCUGUCAAGUAGUAAUGCAACAUAAACAUUCCAGGACAUCACAUAAAGGGAACAAAAUUGAAUACACAACAAGUAGUAGGCUAGUAACUUGCUUUUCACUGUCCCCAUCUAAGAUAUUACUGUACCCCUUGCUUUUUGCAUUUCAACUAACUUUUUUCUUCUGUUGAAAGAAAAUGGCCUCAUGUAUAGCUAAACAUUUAUCUGACAAUGCAAACAAAUCUUCUCAAAUUUUGUUUUAUUUUUCGAAAUAAAGAAAAUGUCCCACUUUUCCAGGAAUAUAAAAGAAGUUGUUGAAAAAUUGUAACAACAAGAAUUUUGUGUCUUAGAUUUCAAAAAGACCAAAUAACAUUUAAAAUAAAUCUAGCUAGUUUUGUACAUGUCUUCAAGUAUUACAUGGAAUAAAUAAAGGGUUACGUAGCUAUGCCCUUUAUUUCUUACUUGUUAUAGUGAACGUUUUGGUCACAGUUACGCUAUGAGGUAAAUUAACACCAUAUAAGAUUUUUGUGGGAUUAAUCUCCAAAAUCUGAUGUCUGAGCUCAUGUGUACUGUGGUUAAUGUAGGAAUCAGUGAGUGCUCAUUUCAAAGAUGGCUGAGUUAUUACCCCACUUGUCAGUUGCUGUUAGCAUGAUGGUGGAGCAAAGAGGCAGGUGUUGUUUUGCCAGGAGGGGAUGAGCCUGCGUAAACAUAUCAUUCAAUGACAUUCAAUUGACAACAUGAAGCUGCUUCAAUCUUUUGUUCUUACCCCUCUUUAACAUAUAUUACACUGAUAAACAGCAAUGGCCAACCCUAGACAUAAGUAAUGGGCCAGUGUCAAACAAUUUUCUAUGUAAAACAUACUUCAUCAACACAUUUGUAGCUUGUUUUUUUAUUCAGUUAAUACAAAUACUAAAAUCAAACACAUGACAUCAGACAUGUUUUGAUACUGAUUGUGAUCCCAUCACUGGGCAUCACUGGACAUGUGGAUUCUCUUCAAGUAUAUCAUCAUUUUCAAUUUGAUAAAAUGCUUUUGACAGAACAAAGAUGCUCAUUAACACAUUGAUCACAGGUUAAUGAAAUGCAGAUUACCAGGAUACAUAGGUGCAGUUUAUUUUUUUUUAAUUGUAUCCCACCAGAGGCUCGAUAGCAGAUUUUUAAUGAAACCUGCCAUAAAGAUUUACAGCCUCUAAUCAUUUGUUGAUCUGUCAGAGCAAACAUUAUAAAUUCUUUCUCUGUAAUAUUGCAAUAUUGUUUUCAAUAGUGUUUUAUAUGAAAUAUAACAGGGUUUACAGAAUAUUCCUUUUCUUAUUUACAUUUUUGAAAAAAAAACAAACACUGCAUGUACAACAGGCUCUGUGCAUUAAGAAUAAAGAGGUGGAUGUAUUAUGUAGCAACAACAAAAAGAGUACAGGAAAUUAUAUCACGCCUAGGUUGAGGAGUGUACAUCAAUAUAUAAAACGUGUAUUGCCAGCCUGUGGUGGGCCCUGAGCUGUUUAUGCAUGAGGCAGCCAGAGAUAAUGGUCUGACUGGGAAAAACAGGAGUCCAAACCACAAACUGUUAUUCCAGCUGUAACAGUCCCAGCAGCCUGGGAAAGCAGCGCUGAGGAUUGUUUGAGUGAUUGUUUAUUAGAGGUCUGCAAAAAUGCUAAACUUGUUGUGGUAAAUGAUACUUUUUGCAUGAGGUUUCCAUUACACAAUGUUACGUCCCAUAUCCUUACCAUGCAAGUAAGCAUUCAGCAUGUUCUACUUUUCACAGUUUUGUUUUUAAAACUGUUGACCUUGACAAAGACAGGUUUAAGUAUAGCUUAUAUAUUUGUAUUUUGCAUGUGGAUUUACACGUGUGAAGGCUAGAAUCGAAUGUAAACAGCACAUCUAUCAGAGCCAUAGAGGGCACAAAGACAGGAAGACAAGCAAGUAAUAAUGCAAUGAAAGCUGUCAACUCCAUUGAUAUAAACAAGCAACACCUAGACACCAGAGCCAAGACCCGCCAAGUUCAACACUGUGGGAGAGGCAAAGGGUCGUCUUUACAUCACGCAUACACACAUCCACACACAUACAAACACACACAUUUGAGAUGCUGUGAGAAGAGGUUGACAGUGGACUGUGUGUACAGCUGAGACUACUGAGUAAGGUUAAAGGUUUGUGGUGACUGACGUCACAGAAAGGAAAAAGAGUGUGCCUUUUCCCCUUGUUUACAUUCAAUACUUCCUCUGGAUGAUGCUAGAUUAAACAAUGAGUUUGUGAGCAAAAAAUCAAUCCGGUUAAAGAACAUAAUACAAUACCUUUAGGUUAUUCAUGCAUAAUAUUGGGCAGAUGAACAUGUUCAUGCAACCAAAUGAUGAUGAGAAUGUAAUCUAGAGACAAAUCCUGGAGCUUUUUACUCACUAAAUUGGAUGGAAAAAGUUGUUGGCAAAAUCAUUACAAAGUAGUUUUGCAUGCAUAUGGGCACAUUUUCCUCAUUGUACCCCUUAUCCCUGCUGCUGUU